UCAGCCAGCGGAUGCCGAAGGGCGCGCGCUGUUCGGGCCGGCGCGCUGGGAGGUGCAGCCAUGCCGGGGAUGGUGCUGUUCGGCCGGCGCUGGUCCCUGGCCAGCGACGACCUGGUGUUCCCCGGGUUUUUCGAGCUGUUCCUGCGUGUGCUGUGGUGGAUUGCCAGUCUGACCUUGUAUCUCAUGCAUAGAAGGAAGCUGGACUGUCCCGGCGGAGUCUUGCUCAGCACUUACUUGAUCGUUCUCCUUGUUCUUCUGGCAGUUAUUAUAUGCACUGUGCUGGCCAUCGUGUGUGUCAGCAUGAGAGGAACCAUUUGUAACCCUGGACCUCGGAAGUCUAUGCCUAAGCUGCUUUACAUCCGCCUGGCACUCUUCAUACCAGAGAUGGUCUGGGCUUCUCUGGGGGCCGCCUGGGUGGUAAAAGGAAUCCAAUGUGACAAGACAGUUGUGAUUGGUAUCAUCGUCACUGUCAUUGUCAGUUGGAUUGUCAUUGCUGCAACCAUGGUCACCAUCAUCCUUGUCUUUGACCCGCUGGGUGGAAAAAUGAGGCCUGAACACCUGGAGAGUAACAGCUCCAACCAGUUACUGACUGGCCUGAAGACAGCUGCGAAGAGCGUGUGGGAGACCAGAGUGCAGUUCUGCUGCUGCUGCGUGGGGCAGGACGACAACACCAGAGUGGCCUUCUCCAGCACAGCUGAACUCUUCUCCACCUACUUCUCUGACACAGACCUGGUGCCCAGUGAUAUUGCGGCAGGCUUCACCCUUCUCCACCAGCAGCAGGACAAUAUCAGCAACAGCCUGGAGCCUCGGGAGGUCGUCACCCACUCUCCAGGGCAGUCUCAGGAAGCUGAUUUGGAUGCAGAGGUGGAAAACUGCCACCACUACAUGCCGUUUGCAGCAGCUGCCUAUGGAUGGCCCCUGUACAUCUAUAGAAACCCGUUUACAGGGCUGUGCAGGAUUGGUGGCGACUGUUGCAGAAGCAGAGAGACAGAGUACGAUGCAGUUGAGGGUGACCAGCACAACUGCCACUUCUCCUCCAUCCUGAGGACCACAGGGCUGCAGUACAGGGACUUCAUUCACAUAAGCUUUCACGACAAGGUGUAUGAGCUGCCCUUCAUAGUGGUCCUGGAUCACAGGAAGGAGGCUGUUGUGGUCGCCAUCAGAGGUACCAUGUCUCUCCAGGACGUCUUGACCGACCUGUCUGCAGAGAGUGAGAACCUAGAGCUGGAUGCUGAGAUACAGGACUCUGUGGCCCACAAGGGAAUUGCUCAAGCGGCCAGAUACAUUUACCGCAGACUGAUCAAUGAUGGGAUUCUGAGCCAAGCCUUCAGUGUCGCUCCGGAGUACAGGCUCGUUCUGGUAGGGCACAGCCUGGGAGCCGGAGCUGCAGCCCUGUUAGCCAUCAUGCUCCGGAGGGCCUACCCACAAGUCCGUGCUUAUGCCUUCUCCCCACCCCGGGGGCUGCUGAGCAAAGCCCUCCAUGAAUACUCCAAGGACUUCAUUGUGUCACUCGUCCUCGGGAUGGAUGUGAUUCCCAGGCUAAGUGUGACCAACAUGGAGGAUCUGAAGAGAAGGCUCCUGCGAGUGAUCGCAAACUCCAAUAAACCCAAGUACAAGAUCUUGCUGCACGGCUGUUGGUACGGACUGUUUGGAGGAAGCCCUGAUAACUUUCCAACAGAACUGGAAGAGGGCACCCAGGGAGCCCUGACUCAGCCUCUUCUUGGGGAGCAGAGUCUGCUGACGCGAUGCUCCCCGGGCUACAGCUCCAGCGACUCCCCACUGGACUCUCCCACCAAGUACCCACCUCUGUACCCACCUGGCAGGAUCAUCCACCUGGAAGAGGAGGGUGGUUCAGGGAGGCUUGGCUGCUGCUCCGCUGCACAGUACCGGGCGAGGUGGGCACAUGAAGCAGAUUUCAGCAAGAUCCUGAUAGGCCCAAAGAUGCUGACUGACCACAUGCCUGACAUUCUAACUCGGGCUCUGGACAGAGUGGUUGCCGACACAACAGCCUGUGCCUCCUGCCCAGGGCCAGGCGGCGUUACUGUGGAUUAGUUCAUCAGCUCUCCUCGACACUGCCCAGCCCGGUGGACUUGCACCCUUUUCUGAGACUGAAUAUGAGUGGCUUCUGUGUGGCUGGAACGGUGGUAUCCAUUAUCAGUAAUCUGAUGGGUCCCAGGAUGGACAUCAGUAUGCCCACGCGAUUUCUAGAACCUUCUUGUUGUUGCUUAAGCAACAGGAUCCGGAGUCAGAGGUGUUGGGACUAAGCUUGCGGACCAACAAGCCUCCAGUGGCCACCAGAGAACUCCUGAAACCCUCGGUGGGUCUGCGGCACCCCCACUCCUUCUAGGAUCCCAUCCUACUGUUUACACGAGUCUUAACUUAAGACGACAGAUGUGCACUUUAUGUUCUUUACCUGCGUUCUUCAUGGGGCACUAAGGGCGGCCGGAGCUUCCUCAGCCCAGCACUGUAGCUCCUCCAUACAUGAACUGAUAGCCUAACUUUCAUGUGCACUCAGCUCUCACAGUAUUCUCUCGCUCUGGAGCCAGCUGGUGGGCUCAGAGGGAGUUUUCAAAAAUAAAGUAGUUGACAUACCCUCA